UGAAACAAGCAGUGAGGAGGACCACGCCAAAACACAUCAACACAUUAAGACUAGCGAGGAUUAAACCACGUGCCCACGCCUAUACACGCAGGAUUCUGGGACAUAUCGCAAAAGUAAGGAGACGAUGAGCGGACAGUGGAGAUGAUGGACCACUAGUAGUCUGGGUGGAAGGACCCUAACAGGCAGGGAAACUCUGGGAGGAUCAAGAGGAAUACUAGGCACACUACAGAUGAAAGACCAUUCCUAAAAGCACAACCAAGACGUCUUCUAAACCAGACACGCACCCAAAUAACUCGGAGAGCUAAAGCAAGCCUAGCUCAUUCAGAGAACAACAUCUAUCUGCGCAGCACUUGGACAUCGAGCACAUCGGCUGUGUGUACAAGAGCAGAGAGCAUUUUGGCACGCUCCUGUGCAGAGCCUAGAGAAGCCGUCCACCCAAAUCUCUCUACAACAGCUUCGCUACGAUCAUGACAAUGACUACCUUAGAUUCAUCCACAUCACCAAUAUCAUUCGAACCCAGCCCCACGUCCUCAAACUACAUGCCAGAGAACAUUACUGUCCCGGGCAACUCCACCGAGCCACCAGGCUUGGACUUCGGCUGCAUCCCUGCAGAGGUGGCCUUUGUGGUGAUGGCCUCGGUGGGCAGCCUGGUGGUCUUCCUGCUGGCCUCCAUUCUGGUGCUGGCCUGUCAGGUGUGUCGGCUGCAGCGCCACAGGCACACCGGCCGCCACAGCCGCAGCAACGUGGACCUGGUCAGCGGGGCGGGCUACUGGGGGACGGGCAACCAGGCCGAGGGAGGGGGCAUCGUCGGGCCGUGUGACGCCAGCGUCAUGCUGGAGGAGGUCAAGCCGCAGGAGGAGGAGCAGGAGGAGUUUGAGGACGAGUACGAGGAGCCGAGCGAGGAGGGGAACGAGGUGCUGGUGACCGAGGACAGCAGGAGUCAGCCAGGAAUCACUGUGGCCCCUGUGGGGGAGCUAAUCGACGUGGGGGUGACGAAAGGCAUCCCGCCCCCGCCCCCACCACCACCACCCCCCAUGCCAGGCUCCACGUCCACAGAGACCUGCCUGGAGAUGGGCGGUGACCUGGAGGGCAUACCACUGGUGGUGUGACCGCAACGUAGUCUUGAGAAGGGGGCAUUAUGACCGGCAUUUCUGCUCUUGUGAAAAGACUAGAUCCGACAUGUUACGUUUAAAAGAUUAUCAUUUCAUUUCAUUCUUUCGGAUGCUUUUCACUUCGUUUUAAGACCCAUGGUUAUCAACAACCAGUCGAGUAGAAGGAAGUUGUCAUUCUGAAUAAACUUGUUACAUACUGUCGAAGGGAAAAGGUUUAAGACACAUCUCCACACUGUAUGUCUGUUAUUACCCAAGGAUGAAUUAGACGGAUAACUUUCAAUAUGAUGCAAUUUAAAUACCUAUUUUCUCAGAAUGCUAUGUUCACAUACUGCAAUUCGCAUACUACAAUGUAACUUGAUAUGUACAAUUAUAAUAGACAGCCAUGCUUCUGCUAGAUGGUUUGAAUGUGGCUAAUGAAAUGAUUCCUGAAAUAACAACACAAACCUAACCAACAAGGCGAGAUGGGCCAGGAAAAGGGAAGUGCCUCUGUUAUAUGAAUAACUGUUGACACUGUGGCUACCCAUCUGUGUAUGUCAACCAUGUCUCUGUGGGGAUAUUCUUAAAAUAAUACUUUAUAAACUAAUUAACUUUCUACCGUGGAAUGGCAUGAUUGCUGUCAAUUGAAAUAUGAACAGCUGCCUCCACAGUUGUUUUUAAAUUCUGUAACUGUUUUGUGAGUUCCAAAUUGAAUAAAGUCCUGCAAACC